CCUUGUACUGAGGUGUUGGCCAUGGCAGUUACACCAAAACUAAACCCCCCACCACUCCUCCCUCCCCUCCCCUCUCCAGUCUCUACCUACAGAUCCACUGGUUUAAGCAACUCAUUCUUUCCCUCUUCAUAGCCAUAGAUUCCCAUUUCUCCCUUAGCAAAGACAGCAAGUACAAAAUGACGAGGAGAACUCUCCGGCUCUGGUUCUUUUAGUGCUCUCUCUCAAUCUUCCUGGUCAGUUUCAGGGACUCGAACCGCUGCAACGUUUACAGGCUCAGAAUUCCAAGUUCAGCAAUCAUCUCCAUUGGUCAAGACUUCCUCUAGACAACCUGCUGUUCGAUGCAAGGAAUGGUAUCUGAAAGUAUUGCCUAUGGCAAUGCCAUACAAGAAUCUCCAGUGCUACAACCACAAGAUCACCAAGAUCAGACAAUGAAGGACACCCCCUUUUCUCCAUUAGAUGGACAAAGUUCUCUCUUGUCACUUACCCUCAAUGAAAUCCAGCUCAAGAGAGGGAAGAGCUUUGGCUCUAUGAACAUGGAUGAAUUUUUUGUUAACCUGUGGAAUUCCGAUGAUAAUCAAGUUCCAUCACAACCCAACCAAAAUGUUAGGCCUGAUAAUGAUCAUGGUGGUGUAACGAAGCAAUGUCCGAAUUUAGGACGACAAGGCUCUUUCUCUAUCCCUGCUCCCCUUUGCAAGAAAACUGUCGAUGAGGUAUUGUUUGAGAUACAAAAUGAAGAACCACAGCAACAUAAUCCCAACAGCAUUGGUGCUGAUCAUGAACCUCCUCAACGCCAACAAACACUGGGUGAGAUAACAUUAGAAGAUUUCCUAAUAAAAGCCGGUGUGGUUCAAGAGGCUCCUGCAGGGUCCUCGCAACAAAAGAAGGUGACACCAAUUCAGGACAGAAACAACGCAUGUUUGGACAUGAACUUUGGAAUGGGGCAUAUGAUGGGGUUAGGAUACCAAAAUUUAUCUGCUGGCAAUGGUUUCGCAGCUUACCAAAUGUUCCCACAAGGCAAAUUAGGGUAUAAUGUGGGAGAGGUUGUACCUAAGAAUGAGAAGUGUCAAAGCAUAAUGGAAUUAGGAGCACAAUCGAGCAAGAAGAGAAUGAACGAUGGUCCGCCGGAGGUGGUCGUGGAGCGGAGGCAACGCCGGAUGAUAAAGAAUAGAGAGUCAGCAGCACGAUCACGUGCUAGGAAGCAGGCAUAUACAGUGGAGUUGGAACUUGAGUUGAAUCAACUCAAAGAAGAGAAUGCUAAGCUUAAGCAAAUUGUGGAGGAAAUAGAGGAGAAGCGAAAGCAAGAGGUUAUGAGAAGGAAAUCAUCAAAGAUGACGACACAAAAGAAAGAUGAUAAGUUGAGGGGCAUAAGGAGGACAGUGAGCCUGGCUUGGUGAGGCAACGAAGACGAUGUUAAGGUGGCCAAUCGUAUGUGUAUAGUGAUAGUUAUAUGUGUUGAAACCAUAUAUUUAGUGUCAUUGCUGUCCUAGCUCUUCUCACUAUGUUCAUAAAUUAAUAAGCUGGGGUGC